AAGACCUGAAAUCCAAAACCAAAGUGAUUGACAGUGCUUGGUUCUACAAUGGAUACAUUUUUGCGUUGGAUAAGGAGGGAAAUCGCCACAAAUUUGACAUCACUGACAAUAUCAACAUGAAACUCUGUGAGGCUCGGUGAGUCCCUAGCCCGUAUGCUGUUGAAAAACUAUAUGCGUUUAUUAAACAUUUAAAAUGUGUCAUUAUUACCCACUUAAGGAGCAGUCUCGUCAUAGGUAGUGUGAGAACAAAGCAAAUGCAAUAGUGGUAUGUUUACCUUCAGUAUGUUAGCUGGUGUGUUAGGGGUGUGUGUGUUGGCCAGUGAGAGAGUGUGCGAGUGUUACUUCAAAUGUCAAAGUCAAAUUACUUCAUAUCAUAAUUGUUAUACUUGGUGCUGUACAAACUUUUUUGUCGAAAAUAACCCUGUAUUUAACAAUAUUUCUCUCUUGCAAUGGUGGAAAACAUCAAAAUUGUUACAGUAAACUGUCAAGGGCUUGGCACUUUUUCAAAAAGGCAGGAUGUGCUAAAUUAUUAUAAAACAAAAGGAUAUUCUAUAUUUUGCCUUCAAGACGCUCAUUUUACCAAAGAGUCUGAGUCAUUUGUAGAAUCCCAAUGGGGGUAUAAAUGCAUUUUUAAUUCUUUCAAGUCAAAUGCUAGAGGAGUGUGCAUUCUUUUUUUAAAUAAUAACUUUGAAUUCAAAAUUCAUAAUGAAAAAAAAGGUAGUGAAGGAAAUUUUUUAGCAUUGGAUUUAAUGAUGGAAGAUAAUAGAGUAACCCUUAUUAAUAUAUAUGGGCCUAAUCAAGAUGACCCUGAAUUUUAUGACCAGGUCAGAGAUACUUGACUAGAAUUUGAUAACCAAUACUUUAUUGUUUUAGGUGAUUUUAAUCUUGUACUUAAUCAAUCAUUAGAGAUACACAUAACUAUAAUGCAGUAAACAAUCCAAGGGCAAGAGAAAAGUUGUUGGAAAUUAUAGACUAUUCACAGUUAUUGGACUACUACAGGAUUUUAAAUCCAGAUAAGAAAGUGUUCACAUGGAGGAGAAAAACACCUUUUAAACAAGCACGUUUAGAUUAUAUCUUAAUUUCAGAAAGCUUAUCAAAUAUUGUCGAAAAAUUCCUAAUAAAACCGGGCUAUAGAUCAGAUCAUUCAAUUGUACUACUGGAACUUAAAUUCAAUUCAUUUGAAAGAGGACGUGGGCUAUGGAAAUUCAAUAAUAGUUUAUUAACUGACCCUACAUUUGUAGAAAAGGUGAAAGACACAAUUCAAAAAGUUAAAAAACAAUACUUGGAAACUGAAGAUGGUGAAAAUAACCAGUCCUCAGACUUUAUCAAUUAUAGUAUAUUUCUAGAAGUUCUUUUGAUGGAAAUAAGGGGAACUGCUACUCUUCAUACAAGAAAAAGGAAAGGGACAAACUAGAGAAUUCUUUAAUCGAAGAAAUAGAGGCUCUUGAAUUUGAACCAGAAAUUCAUACAGAUUUAGUUCAACAACAAAGAAACUGCCCUUCAAGAUUUAAGAAAUAAAAAACUACAAGGGCAUGUUAUAAGGUCAAGGGCAAAAUGGAUUGAAGAAGGAGAAAAACCGUCAAAUUAUUUCUGUAAUAUGGAGUCUCGUAAUUAUUUAAACAAAACAUUAAAAAAAAAGUAGAAUUAGAAGGCAACCAAAUCAUAUAUGAUCAGUCAGAAAUUUUAAGACAAGUCAAAUUUUUUUUACCAAACACUUUAUACUAGCAGAGAUCAUAUGCUAAUAGAUAUAUCUAUUAAAGACAUUAUUAAAUCAAGUGAAGUAAGGAAGCUGGAUCAACAUACAGUAGAGAAUCUUGAAAAAAACAUAGAUGAAAGGGAAGUGCUUCAUGUAUUAAAAAAUAUGAAAAAUAACAAAUCUCCAGGAAGUGAUGGGUUUACAGUAGAAUUCUUCAAAUUUUUUUGGAAAGAUUUAAAAAUAUACAUAGUACAAUCAAUCAAUAACAUAUUUGUUCAAAAGGAGCUCCCUAUUUCACAAAGAUUGGGAAUAAUCUCAUGUUUGCCAAAAGGCGACAAACCCAGGCAUUUCUUGAAAAACUGGCGUCCAAUAAAAUUUGAAUGUCUGGUAUAAAAUCAUGUCAGGAUGUAUAACUACAGAACUAAACCUAACCUAGAUUAUCUAAUAUCAGAUACUCAAACAGGCUUCCUGAAAGGAAGAUAUAUAGGGGAAAACACUCGGUUUAUAUAUGAUUUGAUGUCAUUCACAGAAAAUAGACAUAUUCCAGGAUUAUUAGUACUUCUUGAUUUUGAAAAGGCUUUUGAUUCAAUUUCUUGGUCUUUUCUUUACAAAACUCUAAAAUAUUUUGGUUUUGGGAAAUAUAUGUUAGAAUGGGUUAAGAUCUUAAAUACAAAUUUCAAAGCCUCAGUUUUACAAGGCGGUUUCCUAUCAGAACAGUUCAAUGUUGAACGUGGUUGCCGACAAGGGGAUCCUGUUGCACCUUAUCUUUUUCUCCUUUGUGUAGAAAUCCUGGCUAUUCUGAUCAAACAAAACAAAGAUAUAAAAGGAAUUGUGAUAAAUGAUAAAGAACAUAAACUGUCUCAGUAUGCUGAUGACACUUCUCUUGCUCUUGAUGGUACACCAACGUCUUUAUUUGCUGCCCUUGAUACUAUUGAUUAUUUUUCAAAAUUCUCAGGACUUAAAAUAAAUAGUUCAAAAACUACAAUUAUCUGGAUUGGAUCAAAAAAAAAUUCUGAUGAAGUGUUUCAUCAUUCUAGAAGGAAACUGGACUGGGGAUACACCAAUUUCAAUUUAUUAGGUAUACCGUACAUUUUUCGGUAGAAUUAGACAAAAUCAUUGAACUAAAUUAUGGAAUUCAGAUACCCAAAAUAAAAGCUAUGAUACAACAGUGGAGAAGACCAAUAGGUCAAGUAACAGUUGUUAUGACCCUACUUAUGCCAAAACUGAAUCACCUUUUCAUUUCUCUACCAACACCUAAAAAAGAAACUAUUUUAUCAUUAAGUAAAGAGUUACUUCAAUUCAUUUGGAAUGCUAAAACAGAUAAAGUUAAAAGAACAACUGUUACCCAAGACUAUUUGGUAGGGGGUCUUAAAAUGGUUUAUUAUGUCUCUGAAAUGUUCAUGGAUAAAAAGGCUAACUACAAGUGACUCUAAGCCAUGGUUAGAUAUUUUCAUUGCUAUUAAUGGUCGAGAUAUUAUAAACAAAAUUUUUGAUUUUGGAAAUGCAUUUAUUUCAGAUUAUGUGGUAAAAGAAAAUAAUGCCUUUUGGCAAGAUGUCUUUAAUUCUUGGUUAACAGUAAUGAAAGUUAGGGAGAGGAAAAUAAAUGAAAAUAAUUUUCUUUGUACUCCACUAUGGUACAACUCAUAUGUUAAGGUGGGAAAUAAAGGUUUCUUUAUAAAAACAUGGUACGAGAAAGGUAUAUCAGUUGUUGGUGAGCUAUUUGAUGAUGAAAGCAAUUUUUUGUCUGUAAAUGCUUUUCAACAAAGAUAUAAUCUUGAGUAUGUAUGUAUCAUGGAAUACAACGGUGUUAUAAGUGACAUUUCAAAUUUUAUGAAAACAAUGUCCAUUAAAAGAAACUCUGUCAAAAUAGUAUGUAAAACUUUUAUACCUUUUUACUAUGAUUCAAUUAUGUUGUAUGAGAAAUGUACAAAAGUCAUAUAUAGGCUUUUAAAUGAGAACUAUACUGAUUCUAACUCAAUUUCCAAGUGAAACUCUGAAUUAUUUCCUCAUAGAAUACAAGAAUUGUUGGUGAAAGGUGUUUUUAAGGUUUGUUUCAAAACAACAACUGAUUCUACAGUUCAGUGGCUACAGUAUAGAAUUCUUCAUAGAAUUCUUCCUGUUAAUUACUAUCUAAAGAAAAUCAACCUCAUAAGUUCUGAUACCUGUGCUUUUUGUAAACAAACUGUUGAGACUAUACAACAUAUUUUUAUUGAUUGUGAAAAAAUUAUGUCAUUAUGAAGUAGUUUUAGUUUACAUAUAUAUGUAAAAACCAAAGAAAGAGUUGGGUUUAAUGUGCAAAAUGUGUUAUUUGGUGAUCUUCCACUCACAAAAAGAAACAAAGUACUAAAUUUUUUUUUAUCCUUUACACAAAACAGUAUAUUUUUUCUAGUCUAAAACAGAACAAACAACCAAAUAUAUAUGGGUUAUUAUCUCACUUGAAAUUCAAAUUCAACAUUGAAAAGCAUAUUGCUAUUCAAAACAGUGAUGUAUAUAGAUUUGAAAAAUCAUGGUCAUUAUGGAAAAAUAUUUUUGAUUUUUAACCCGUUAUCUACUUGUAUCAUAUAUAUGCAAAUUUAAACAACAAAAUAACUAUAUAGACUUUACAUAAGGGUGUGUGUGUAUGUGUGUGUGUGCUUAUAGGUAUAAGUGGAAAUAGCAAUGAAAAUCAUUCUUUGUUAUAGAUCUAUAUGUAUCUGAUUUAAUGAUGAAAAAAAAAUGUAAAUAAUAAAAAAAAAAAAAAAAAAAAAAAAUAAUUUCUGUUGCAGUUAGUUUGAGGUUUUGCUCAUUUUUGAGCUAGAUUGACUAGACUAGUAUUACAGUACAUGUAAUUAUAUUACAGAAAAAAAUAAAGGUUUGGAUAUGGUUGAAAUAUAUAAGAUGAUUUCUGGGCAUAUUUGGAUUUUCUUCUGUCUUACUCUGUGAGAAGAAUGACACAAUGGGAGAUUAAGGGGACGUCAUUCAUAAUAACUACGGUGCUCCUAAUUAUUGCCUUCCCUCGGAGGGGGAAUAACACUAAAUAUCAAAUUUAUUUGCCAGCUCCCAAACUUAAUGCCUGAAACAUCACGCAUCCGAACCGUCAUCACUGAACUCCCAAACUGUCAGUGCCAAACUCCUGAACCAUCGUAUAUGCCAAGUCGCACACAUUUGUGCAAACAGCAAUGGAGCCCCAACCCGGAAUGGCAUGCAUGCUGAAUUCCAUUAAAUCUCACUGAUGCAUCAGUCCACAUGGCAAUGUCAAAUUUACACGACAAAAGUUGUAUUAGUAGCUUCCAUCCAUAUCCACUUAUGAUUCAAAUAUGAUCCUGGAAAAUAUGAAAAGGAAAUCUAAUUUUACACUUGCAAUGUCUAGAUUCGUUGUUAUACCCCCCACAACAAGUUGUGAGGGGGGGGGGGGUGUUAUACUGGAAUCGGGUUGUCCGUCUGUCCGUCCAUCCGUCCGUCUGUAGACGCAAUGGUUUCCGGGCUCUAAAGCAUUAUCCUUUUCACCUACCGUCACCAUAUCAUACAUAUGGACUACCCAUGGUAUGAAGAUGUUCCCUAUUGAUUUUGGGGUCAAAAGGUCAAAGGUCAAGCGCACUGGACAUUGAAGUAGCAAUAUGGUUUCCGGGCUCUAAAGCGUUAUCCUUUCCACCUAGUCACCAUAUCAUACAUAUGGACUACCCAGGGGAUGAAGAUGUUCCCUAUCGAUUUUGGGGUCAAAAGGUCAAAGGUCACACGCACUGGACAUCGAAGUAGCAAUAUGGUUCGGUUUGUCAUGCCAUUUUUUUUUUACACUCGGAAAAGAGGUAGUUUAUACCUAUUACCAACACCCUUUGGGAGAUUGGGGUAAGCGGGGGGUAUUCUUAGUGAGCAUUGCUCACAGUACCUCUUGUUUAAAAUGUUUUGUACUCAAUUUGAAAUCAGAAAAGCGCUUGAAUUUAUUCAUUUAGAUAUGCAGAUUCAAACAUUUAGUUGAUUUCACAACUACAUUUAAAAACCAUGCACAUAAAGAGGUUAAAGUUCCAAAUUGAUCUUUUACACAUUACCGGCCCUUCGGACUGAUUAUAAAAAAAAAUCACUGGAUUUUAGAAAUAUUUACCGGUUUUGCUGGUGGGAACGGCGGAUUUGAAAAACUCUGUAUAUACGCUUUUUGCCCAGAUUGUGUCAAAACUGUGUGUGCAUCACUAAACAUUGGUAAGUGUUCUUAAGGAAUAAAAAUUACUUGACCAGUUGAAAACCAUUGUUAACCUCAGCUUCACCUCUGUUGACAAUGGUUUUCUCUGGGGGAAAAUUUUUCAAUGUUAUCCUCAACAAAGUGUCUUUAAAGAAGUGAACAGGCAUAGCUUACAUUUACUCUCUUUGCAAGCCUUCAUGUUUGAUUCUGGAAAACGUGUAAAUGCUGGAAACUGUGAGAGUUUACACUUUGACGUUUCAUCUCAAAUUUGCCUGGAUUUACAUAGCAGAUUACUUAUUACCAUAAUUUUAACAUUGAUGUAUGCUUCUUUUAUAAGAAAAUCAAUUUUUUUUAAGAGCACACAGAAUAUCACAUAUAAAAUUGCACACAUGCAUACAAUCUUCCAUACAAAAAGCACUUUCUACAUAUUAAACUUUAAAAAUUGUUAUACAGUAUUUGCCCAAUUUCCUUCACCCGUUGUUAUAAAAAUAUAAAUUAUGAGCUAUAAACCUCAAAUGCUAAAAUUUUAAUGUAGUAUCUAUCAUAGAUUGGUGGAGGUACAUAAAUAUAAGAGGCGACUAAAUGGGGCGGUCCUUCGGAGGAAACCGAAAAAACAGAGGUCCCGUGUCACAGCAGGUGUGGCACGAUAAAGAUCCCUCCCUGCUCAAAGGCCAUAAGCGCCGAGCAUAGGCCUAAAGUUUGCAUAUAUAUAUAUAUAUAUUAAGCACUAAAAACCGAUCUAAUGUAAGGUCAAAUAAAUAAGAAUAUAAAAAGCACUAAAAAUGACCAACGACAUGAACAACUGUGAAUUGUCAAAUUUUCGGGACGACCUGUCCCUUCCUCAGGACGAUAGAAUAUUUACAUAGAAAAGAAAACUAAAUAGGAAAGGAAACUAACACUACAACUAAACUACAAAAGCUGAUAACAAACAAAAUGUCUACAUAUUGAAAUUAUCGAGAUUAAUAUGGGGCAAGUCUGUUCUGAUCUCGAGUCACGACUGAACUGAAAUAAUCAUUCUUAUGCUAGAUAAAGUUAAAAAAACAAAGAACGAGUUAACUAAUGAGUAUACUCAAGCAGUAUGUUAACUUGUUCAAAUGACAGCUUAUGAUGAGUAUUUCGUACCUGGAGGUGUAAAGCUAUAUAACUAGUAUAUAUACUUGUAUAUAUACAUGAUUAGCAAUUCAUAUAUGUAUGUACUUGUUUCCCCAACAUGCUGCAUCGACACGCAGUUUGCAGUCUAUGUAACCUGUAGUUAAUGUUGUAAACUUUCUUUCUUUUUUGAAUUUCCUUCUUUAUAAAAUGUCUUACUGUUAUGCCCUCUGGGCCCAAAAUUGGAAUAAACGUAUCUUAUCUUAUCUUACUAGUGUUGAACUGUGAAAAAAAUAAACAAAUAAAUAAAAUAAUGUGAAAAGAUUAAUUAGAAUUAUAAGGCCAAAAAAGAUUGAUAAAUAGUUUCACGGGCCAAAAAUUAAAAAUUUUGAUGAGGCAGGCAGGUAUUAUAUUUUAUUUAUUAAUUUUUUUGCUUGGCUGUAGUAUGAGUUAUCUUUCUUUUUUAUGUUGCCUGGAGAAUGAGUUACCCUUUCUUUCUCAUGUACAUGUUUAUAUAGAAUUUGAAUAAGCAAUGGAAUUUUUAUUUCUAUUGAAACUAGCUUCACAUUACUUACUAUCAAAUUUAUACUAUUGUUUUUAAACACUUGUACAUAAAUGAGUAUGAUUGCAUUCAAUAAUUAUUUGAUCAAAUACCUAGAAUUUUAUUAAAACCUUGUGAAAUGUUUUACAUAAAUAUCUAUAACAGAAGAGUUACCUCAUUUACAUAAAUAAAAAUAUCAAUUGAAAAAAAAAAAUUCCAUGCAGUACCUUUUCAACGGAUGCAGCGGGGCCUGAAAAACUAUUGAUAAUUUUUUAUUAAAUAGGGAGACUAAGUAAGGAUAUCAUAAAUAGUUAUGAAUAAAUAUUAAAAAGAAUAAAUUGAAAAUUUUAAAAAUUAGCUGCUAAUGAUGAUACUGUAACAAGAAGUAGACGGCAAAAAGAAAGUAAAAACAAACAGAACAACACAGUUACACUGAGUAAUAGCUGGGGGUCAUCCCGAAAGUCUGACAAUUCACUGUUGGUCAUUUUAGUGCUUUAAACUUUUAUGUGAUACAGAAAUGUAUAUUAUACCAGGUGUAGAACUAAAUUCAAAUUCAGGUUCUAUUAUCUUAAAAACAUCUAGUUUGAUUAAAAGCAGUUUGAUUUAAAAAGGUUAUGUUUGGAGAAAAUAGUUCAAUUUUUUUUUUUCAAUUUUGUUUUUCAUGUGUGAGUGUGUGUGUGAAAACCUCUUAUUCAUUGGAUAGGCUCAUAAAAUCUUUUUGCUAAGGUGAGAGUGUGUGUGUGUGUGUGUCAGAAAAUGACAAAGCUGGGAAAAGGGGGUGGUACCUACAGGCACUUGCUUAAUAUUUUUCAUAAUAAAUUGUAAUGGUUUUUAAAUACAUAUAUGCAUUAAUGUGAAGUAUAUGAAACAUUCUGAUUGGAUUCCGAGGAUGACUUCCCUCUGUAAUUUAUAUUAAUUGUUCUUCUCUUGUUCAUAACUAGCCUUUUGAUUUUACAAAAUGCUGACCUCCUCAUAACAUUAUUGCAUAUAAUAUCUUUUGUUUUCCAUUCCGUUCUGCGUUUUAGCAACACCCUUCAUUUGGGGGAAUCUAAUCACCAGAAAUGGGAAUAUUGUAUACUACAUUGUAUAAUGGAAUAUUUUAAAGACCCGUGUGAGUUGUAUCUUGUUCUAUAAUAAUCCCUAUAAAUGAGUCUCACAUAAUCUGUAAACAUUUUUGGUGUAGAAAGAUCUGUUAUUAGUUAUUUUCCCCUAAGUAAAGAUUGAUCUAUUACUUAUCUAAACAUCAGUGUGUAUGUAAAAUUUUCAAUGCUGUAGUGUGUCUUGACCAGUGUGGUCAGUAAGGGAUGGGCUGCCAUGCAAUGAAGUAAAUAUGUGUUGGUCAGGGUAAGACUAUGAAUACACAGCAGUGGAUAGCAUGGCUUGUAAAAAAUAUAAGGAGGGAAUAAAGAAUUUAGUCUGUUUACAGCAUGUUGGUAGAUGUAUUCUCAAAUGUAGGAAUAGACAGAGAUACAUAAGUAUCUUAUGUGUACAAUGUACUUAAUCUGUAUAUACUGUACAUGUAUGUGAAAGUGACCCUUUCUAUGUUGACCUUUUCUGUCUCUAUUUUGUCAGUAUGCUUAUUUUUCAUGUUGUAAUUGGUGCAGCAAUAACAGAGAAUAACAAAUUCCACAAAGUGCAAUAUUUUGAUAAAAAUGCAAACUACAACUAAAAAAUGAUAGUAAAUGUGAAUAUUUGUGCUUAACAAAAUGGUAACGAACAUGUUGAAUAUCAUCAUGUAACCAAGUACAGUGUAUUUAUAUUCAUGUUUUAGCUUAAUAAUAAAGGUAACAUUUUUGGUUACCGCUAUAUAAAAAUUUGCUUUAAUUAUUCCCCCAGACCAUAUUUAAAGAUAUGUUUCUUCCCCUCUCCUGACCCUAAAUUUCAGAGGAGGGUUGGUAGGUAGAUAAAAAGUUUUUUUAGCCAGCAGAAUUUUAAUUAGUAUGAAAUUCCCAUGACCAUGAACAAAGCAAUCAUUCCAUGUUUCCUUGUCAAACUCGUGAAGUUGGUUCUUUGUAAACAUAUCAAGUUUGCAAAUAAGUUUGAAUUGAGAACACGUAGAUAUAAUGCUUCUUAUUGACUAUCGGAAAUAUCGCACCCGUCCGAAAUAUCAACACUUUCCCCUACUGAAGAACACAACUUGCACACCCUGACACCCCGAAGUCUCUUGUCUUCUCGCUCCUCGUGUAGACAACAUUUCUCCAUCUUAGUGUAGCUAGCAGACCACCUCUAUUCACAUUAUCUUUUUAAUUUUAGAUCGAAACCAACAAAGAUAUAGAAAAUUCUGGUCAUUAUAAAAUAUUGAUCUAUACCUGAAAUGACCCUGAAAUUUUCCAGAAAUAAAUCUAUGAUAAUAGAUUAAUAGAUAAAUCUUUGCCAGAAUGACAGCUAGAAUAAAAACAUUUGGGUCAGUAUAAUUUUUCAGACUCGGUCAGAGGAGGGGAAACAAACAAUAAUUUGAUUUAAUUUAUCCUGAGGAAUGCAUGGUCUUGUAUAGUGUUGAAAAGUCCUACAUUUUGAGACUGUUUCAUGGGGAAAGUUUUUUGAUUUCAAAUUUACUAAAUUAGUUCUUGGAAUUUUCAUCCAAAUUAGUUUACACCACUUCUUGCAUAUGUUGCGGCACAUUAUGUCUGAUGUUUCUCCUUCACAUCAGUUAUAUUUUCAUGUGGCGCAAAAGACAAAUACUAGUGAAAUUUUAUACAUGUACAACCAUUCUGCAGUUUGCAUAGGGUUUUGAAUGACUAGAAUAUUACUCUUAUUCUUCAAAUCUUCAGACAUAAAAUGUAUGUAUUUCAGAAUAACUUAACAAAUCAAAGCAUUUCAAGCAGGGAUAAGAUUUAAUCUGGUACACCUUACUCUUAAUAUUGAAGUGAUAGUCAUGGAUUGUGAACUCUAUAAUCAUGUGCUCAUUAAAAAAGUCAUCCAUUUUCUUUUGACACAUAAAGUACUGUAUCUGGAUAAUAAAUUGUCUAGCUCUUUCAGGAACAAGUACAUGUAGCUUUUAGCAAGACAAGUAGAUAGUUGAAUUUUGAAUUGCGGGGGCUGCUCACACUUUAAAAAAAAAUGCAUGUCUAUGAAAGUGAACUAAAGUGUAAAUAUAUUGUAUUAGACUUAUCUUCAAACUUUCUUCAAAUUUCAAAGAAUAAAAUUUAUUAAAGUGUGAAAAGUAUAAAACUCAGUACUACAAUGUAGUAUUCCCAAAUUUACAAAAAAUGUGUGUAUACCAUAAGAGACUUAUGCAUACAUAUUAAAAAAGUACACCAAAGUUUAUUGUAUUAUCAGAAUUGGGAAGAUUGCCUAUAAGUAUUGCCAGAAAACAACGAAUCUUGAAAUAUUGGGUUAAACUUUUAGACACAGACAAUUGCAUUUUGAAAUCAUUGUAUAAUCAUAUGUUAGAAGAUACUGACUUACAACACAAUUGGUUAACUGAUGUCAGGAACUUACUACAGAAUUUAGGACAUGGGUAUGUUUGGAAUAACCAUUAUGUUGAAAAGAAAUCACCGUUUCUUUCUAGUUGUAAUCAAUUGUUAAAUGAUUUAUUUAUACAAGAGAUGCAUUCAGUUUUUGAAAGGUCUCCAAAAUGUAGUCUAUACAAGCAUAGAUCUACCUGAUAGUUUUUAAAACGAUAUUAUUUUACUCGACCAUCCAUGUUCAAACUUAAUGUGCAACUUUUUUCAAUAAGAAACAGAAAAGCAUUAUGUAAUUUAGCAAGGUUUUUGAUAAAGGCACUGAGCCUAAGAAACUUAUAAGAUAUUAUAUGUUGUCCAUCCUCCAUAUUUGGUCACAUGAUUCUUUUCACAUGGUUAUACUCACUAGUAUAUUGUUACUUGAUUAUUAUAUAACUGUACCAUACCAAUGAGAGGUUUCUCAAGGUUUCAAUAAACUAACUAUAACCAUUCCAGUGAUAUUAUUUUCAUAAAUCAAAUCUUUUACAUGCUGAUACACUUAAUAACAGAGGUCAGAAAUGACUGAUUAAAUCACAGGGGGAGUCUUGAAGCCACUAUAUCUCACUGCUAUUUUGCAGCCUAUGAACUGUAUUUCAUAAACCAUGUACUUGCUACAUUUUGUUAAAGUGUCCUAGGGCCCAUUUAAACUGCGUGCCAAGGAUUUCCGAUUUGAAUUCUGCUUUGUAGAGUAGAGUUUGGAUGGGAAACCCAAGGUUUAAUUGUGAAGAUGUAGAAUAAGAGUUCGGAUGGGAAACCCUUCACUUGCAAAGAUGAGGGCCCAUACUACCUAAAACUUCAUUUGAUAGAUUGGAGUAUUUUGAGCUUGUAUUGGAAUUAAGAAAGAUACAUGAGUCGUUCAUUCCCGUGUUAGUAUUAUCGCAUUUAAUGGUAGAUGAUCAACUAGCUUUCUGUCCCACAACACUUUUCUGCUCUUUCCUGUCACAUGCAAGUGAUUUAUAUUUCAUAAAGUGGACUGCACCUUUCACAGUCAUAUGAUUUAAUUGUAUCACAAGUACGUGCAUAUGUAAAUUCAUAGGGAAAUAAGUAUUGGUCUGUGAAGUAGAUAACCAUGCUGAAAGCAUUAUACAGCCUGAGUUACUGUGGCCACAAACUGCUAAUGACUUCAGCAAUCUAUAGUUACUAAAGAAUAAUGACCUUGUGUUACAUGCAUGUUGGUAUCCCAGUAAAUGGAAUCAAUGAUCAUUAUAUAAGAAUUGUUAAUUAACCACCACCUGUUGAUUAAAUGUAAGCCAUCUAGAGUUGUCUACUCAUAUCUAAAGGAUUUGACCCAGACAUUUAAAAUACGUAAACAUUCUUAAGUAAUCUAGACAUUAUCAGUUUUACCUUCUUUACCCCAACAACAAGAUGUAAUCACAACCUUCCUGAAUUUGGGUUUUUAAUACGUGUGACCCGUCGCUGAUAUCAUAGGAUGAAAUAAACAUGGAAGGGGGCGUUGCUAGCAGUUGUGUGUAUACAGAGUGAAACUUAUUGUGAUGACAUGGCUUCUCUGGGGAGAGCUUUCAUGAGAAGGAGUAAUAGCUACGAUGUCGUUAAAUUGCAGGUUGUGACAUUGACCUUGGAGUUUGACCUACUUUUAAGAAACAGACCUUGGCAAUUUAAAACAUUCAAAUCUUACGUUGACCAUAAUGAAGAUGAAAAUGAUGAGGAAAUAAAGAAGAGAGCUUCAUCCUUUUUCCAGAAUGACUUGGUUCCUCGGCUACUUCCUGGAGAAAGAGUGGUCACCGAGGCAGAUAGUGUGUUGUGUUUUGUUCCGUUUACUGAAAGAAAGCAGGGAAUAUCGGGAAAGCUCUUUAUUACCAACUUCAAGCUCACAUUCCUUACCGGGGACCGAUCGUCUUAUGAAAAGGAAAGUAAGCGACAGAGAAACAAGGUCAUUGAUGAUGGAGACAUUCCACUAACAAAUAUUGAAAGCAUAUAUCAAGUUGUUUCGGGAGGGAAGAGGAAAAAGCUGCUUCCUAACACCACAGUAUCAACUGUAACAAAGUACCUAGAGAUCUAUAGCAAGGAUUUCAGGACUCAUGUGUUUGGUUUCAAGUUCUCUCCUAAAGACCAAAUCAAAAAGAUUACCAAUGCUGUCAUUCAUUAUGCAUAUCCCAACAAGUCCUACCUUUUGUAUGCUUUUGAGUAUGCUAAAACCCUGCAGACACCAGAGAAUGGCACGGUGAGUAACACACCUCUAUAUGACAGUCCAGUAGACUGGGAGAGGGAACUGAAACGAUGCGGAUGUACCAAAUGGACCGUCUGUGAUGUAAACAAGGGCUACUGUGUAUCUCAGAGUAUGCCGGAGAGAUUUGUUUUACCCAUGAACCUGAUGAGUUAUGAUGAACUGAUGAAGGCAGCCUCUCAGUUUAAUGAAAACAGAUUACCAGCUUGGUGUUACACUCACACAAGUGGUGCCAGUCUUGUUAGGAUGGCAGAGAUGUUUGCGGAGUCUGAGCUGGCAGAUUAUGUCGGAAAUCUCUCCUCUGAGAUGUAUAUUAGGACGUAUUGUAAUCGCUUAAGAACUGCAAUACAGCUUGCUGAUGUUAACAAGGGAUACCCUGUUGACAUGGAUCUAAUGAAACUCUGCCCCUCAUUAAAAGAUGUCCAAGCAGCAUAUGAAAAACUGAAAGAGCUGGUAUUUGUUGAUUCUGGGAAGGACUUUGUUGUGCAUGACAUAUCAUGGAUGUCGUCUCUGGAGGGCACUAAAUGGCUGACCUGUGUAUCCCAGUGUUUGAAGACAGCCACUGAUGCUGCUAAACAUCUGGAAAGACACACAGUUAUAAUCAAAGAGCCAGACAGUCGACAUUUUUGCUGUCUGAUAUCCAGUCUGGUGCAGAUUUUGUUGGACCGACAUUUCAGAACCAGGUUGGGAUUCCAGUCUCUCAUACAGAGAGAGUGGGUUGCCAUGGGGUAUCCUUUCCAGAGAGAGGGCUGCCUAGUGCAAGAUCUGAACCGAACAAACAAUGAAUACAUUCCACUUUUCCUGUUGUUUUUGGAUUGUGUAUGGCAGCUGAUGGAACAGUAUCCAUCAGCCUUUGCUUUCUCCGAGACAUAUUUAGUUACACUCUGGGAUAGUGUCCACAUGGGUAUUUUUGAAACAUUCCUGUUUGACUGUUGUCACCAAAGAUCACGGUACCACAUAGAUGGACGAUGGCAGCAAAGGUUCUGUCUACCCUCUGUGUGGGAUUGGCACAUGCAAUUUAGUGACGAUGACCAAUCAUUUUUCAACAAUCCUUUGUACAUAAUGCAAACUCACCCUGACAUCUGUGAUGCUUUGAGGAAAUCUAAACCUUGUCAGCCAUCCCAACAUCAUAAAAUCUCUAAGAAACUGUACUCCUAUGAACUUCAGAACAUUGAAGGAGUAGAUUUUUGUUCUGAGGGCAUGAAAUCUGAGAAAAUUUCAAGGUCAGAACUGACUCCUUUGACAGGAGCUGCUUGCAUGAAACUAUGGAGUCAGUGUUACAUAAGAUGGCAGACACCAGCCCAGAUCAUCGGGGGCGGUAAUCCUUCACAGUACUUACAACAGUGUGUCAUGGUAGAGGAAAUCCUGUGUUUGCUGCACAAGAUUGAAGUCUUAAAGAAAAACAAUGCCAAAUCGGCAAACAGCCUGACCAGGACUAGAAGUGAUCUGGUGUUCAGUAUGGCCUUAGACACUCCAAGGACGACGGAACUUUUGACCAACAGUUAUCUGACUUCAUCAUUUCCAUUCUCAUCCAUACAGCGUUUGUCCAGGGAGGAGAAGGCUGUAUUCACACCAAUUAGUCUGUUUCUAGAACACAGCAAUAUUGACUACGACUACUCCAAUGAUGAGGACUAAUCGAUAGACACACCUAUGUGUUACUGUUUCCUUAACAUUCCAUUUCUGUUAAUGUCUGUACAUACCUCAAUUGACCAAUUUUGUUUGGUUUUUAAAAAAAAAUUGUUAUUAGUUGUUGUUAAUUAUUUAUUUAUAGCAGCAAAAUUAUAAUAUUCAUGUAUACAUUGAAGUACAUGUAUUGGUAGUCAAGUUAGAGUCUCGUAUACUGUAGAAUGAUUUAUUUUUGUAUGGCAAAAAUAAACAUAUCGUUGGGUAUUUUAAUUUGUGAUUGAGUGUUAUUCUUUUUUAUUGUUCAGCAUCUCUUAUUCCUGUGGAAUUUUAAUCUAUGGGUACAUCCCAUGAAAAUGACGAAAAUAGAAAAUAGAAACCCCACGAAAAUUUAUGAUAUUUUACCAUGAAAUAAGUUGUUAUAUAUGAUGGUGUCUGUAAAAACUAUUUUAUCAUAUGUUGAAUAAAAGGGGCUGCAGUA